UUUACCUGCUACUUAAUUGGAAUGUUUGAUUAGCUCGUUAUCUGGCUGCCUGACAUUCACACACACACACACACACCCUGCCAGGGACCUGAUUUAGCCUCAUCAUCCGAGUCUGUCUUUUUCACGCUCUUUGCUUUGAAUAUUGUUGAUUUCAUUGUGACGGGUGACUGAAACAAAGUGGAUUUAAUCGUGGCUGCGCUGGAUCUCCUCGCUCCAAGAUGCUCCUGGUGUCCCAGCGGCUAGACUCACCUCGCAUGGACCCAUUACUGCCAGGAGUGAAGAGAAAGCUGCCUGGAGCUGCUGAUGGUGCUGCUUCACUGAAUGGGGUCUCUGAUAACUCAAUGACCCAGUGCAGUGCCAAGCGACCAUGCCUGGAGGAUGUUACCCUGGCCAUGGGACCAAGCUAUCCCCAACCACCUUUCCCUAGCGGGACUGGCGUGGGUAACCAAUCAAGUGGACUAGAAGCAAGUCGACUUAACAGUAACAAUGGUUUGGGGUCUCCGUACACUAUGCCCAACAAGCAUAGUCCUGGAUCUACACCUGUUGGUGGAGGAAGCUCUGGAAAUCUGGCAUCUUCCUUUAACUCGAGUGGGAAUUCUGUAGGCUCGUCUGUGGAACAGGAGCUCCAGGAGAUUCUGGAUGAGCUUACAAAGAAUCCUGACCCAUCCUUAUCUGAGCUGGACAUUGAUAAGAUCUUAGGGAACAAAGUAGAUGAGCAAACGAAUACUUCUGGAAGCUUUGUUCACCCAGAUGGAAGCGGAACUCCCAAACGUUCCCCACAAAUGUCUUCUCACCUAGAAGCCCAUCUCACCCAGUCUCCUGGUUUUCCCCAGGCUGGCUCUCCUCAGAUGGGCCCUAGUCCAACUGGUGGUCCUUAUGCAUUAUCUCACCAAUCUAAACCGGUCCCUUCCCCACUUUCAGCAUCACCCCUUUCCUGUUCAUCCUCGCAGAGCCAAAAUCAGGCACGAUCACCAAUGCUUUCAGCUGCACUGUCCAGCCGUCCCAAUUCCAGUUGGCGUGAGGUGUCACGGGCCCAGCAGCUUCAGCAGUUGGCAUCAAACAGUAAGCAUCACUCCACCAGCAGUGGAGGGCCAUCACCAGCUCAGCCAGGUUUGCCCUCAGUGGGCCAGCAGGGAUCCUCUUGGGCUGGGCCAUCUCCACCUUAUCGCCCAGGAGACAAGCUUCCCAACUCGUCCCCUCACCAGCAACCCUUCAGCCCAGCCAGCAGCAUCCAGAGUCCUCAGAGCUCACUCAUCUCCAGCCUAACUCCAGCCCCAUCUGCUUUACCUUCUCCUCCAUAUAGACCAGAAAAACUUGCCAGUCCAGCUCUCGCUCAGCCCCCUUUCAGCCCACAAAACCCAAUUCUUCAAGGAAGUACUCCAUCUGCUGGUCCAAAUUCUGCUGGCCAGGGCUCCCAAGCUAAUUUUCUGACUGGUAUGCCCCCCGCAUCGGGUUCUACAAGGCCAUCUCCUCCUUACAGGACAGAAAAACAACACCCCAGUCCUGCUGGACCAAUUCAGCCUGGCAACCAGCCUUCCACACAGGGAUGUCCAUUCAACUCUCAAAAUAGUCAAGGACUUAACAUGUCUAGUCAGCUUUAUAAGGCCAUCACAUCCAACCAGCCUACCAGCAACUCCAGUCUCAAACUUCUAAUGCAAUCAACACAGACCAAAUCUGCUCAGCUGCAGCUCAGCAAAGCCACUCCAUGCAACAUGGGUUCAGAACCCUUCUCAUUAAACAACACCAAGCCUUUGAGGCAUUUUGAUCCUGAGCCCCAGGCUUCCAAAUUAGGAACUGUUUCCCUGGGUGGAUUCCACAAUGGCAGUAUGCACCCAACACCUCCUUCAGCCACAGGUCAUGUACAUCUGCUUCAGCAGCGCAUGCAGAGAGGGAUGCAAGCAGACGGCAUGAUACCCCAUUGCAGAGAGCUCAGUGAGGAACAGAACACAGGGAUGGUGUCACAUCUUCAGGACCCCUCCGCUGGGCCUCGUCCAGGGCAGACCAGCAGCUACAAUAUGCUGCUGAAGGCUCAACUGUUGAGGAAACACCUCCAACAGCAGGAAAAGCAAAGGCAGAUGGAACAAAUGAAUGGAGGACAGAUGACAGAGUGCCAGCAGGUGGCACCAUUUCAAGGUCCAAGCCGAACCAUUCCUCCAGAAUGCAGUGGCUACCCAAUGGGUGCACUCCAGCAUCCCAGCCCCUCUAUGAUGUCCUCAAGUGGCCCUGUACUAUCCAAUCGCAUGGGUCUUCAUCCUGGAUCCCUUAACCAGGCUGGCCACUCUGGUCCCUACAUGAGUGGCACUGGCUCCAAGCAACCCUUCUACCACCCUUCACAAGAUCUAGGGAUGCCCAUGCGCCCGAACCAGGGCUUAAUGGCUAUGGGGGGUGUGCCGAGGCAACCUACUCACCCAGUACACGUUGUAGCUCGACCAGGGAUGUCUGUGCCAAGCUUGGGAGGUGGUCCAGUGCCGACCAACCACCUUCGACAGGCAUUGCAUCAGGGUGGCGGUCUUCAACCACGUAUGAUGUGUGCCUCUCAACAGCAGCCCCAUUCACAGUGGCAGAGCCAACACAUGGACCCUCUUAACCACCAGCACCUGUUCCCCAGUGGAGGAGCCCCUUCAGUGUGUGGAGCACCUCAGUUCCCACAGAGACCAGUUAUGCCAGGAAACUUUCCUGUAGCUCGACCUCCUACAAACCAGCUAGCUCCAGGCUUAAUGGGCAGACAGAUCCAAAAGAUUCCUUCUGGUCAACCUGUUCCUUCCUUAACCCAGCAAAGUCUUCGCAUGCGAGGUUCUCUGACCACAAUGGAUGUCAUGAAGCCUGCAGCACCAGCCAUGGUUGACCCAUCUCAUGGCAUGGCACCCCCAAGCUACCCUGUUGGCUCAAUGGACAAGCACUCCCUUGUACAGGGAUAUGGUCCUGGACAAAAUCCAGGUCAUAAACUGUCCUCCUAUGAAUAUCCUGUUCAGCACCAGAGCAAUGGUGGCAUGGCUAUAGGAUCUCAAAUACCUGGAGGAGUCGGAGGGGGUGAAGUGGACUUUAUAGACACUUUAGUGGGGAAUAAUGAUGACUGGCUUAACAACCUAAACAUGAUUGAUGAAUACCUUGAACAAAACUCAUAGUGAUGCCUGAUAAACCAAGGCAUAGUG